AAUGUUAUUACUUGAUAUAUUGUUCUUACAUUAGAAUCGAAGUAAUUGAAAUCUGCGGCUCUGGCGUCAUUGCUUCAUUAUUCUAUGUGUACCGUACCCACUCUGUACUCCCACUUCAUCCUUGGCUUCAUUAGCUUCAUGGCCAUCUGGUCGUACACUUUCCUGCGAUCUCUUCGAACCACAUCUAGACUUGCCACCUUCCACAUUGCACACAGCAUCACUUGACCCCUAAAUUCAUCCUCGCUCCUACAAGAUGCAGAUGCCACAGCACUUCUCGUGGCUGACCUCUACUGACCAUCGUCCCCGGCAAAAUGUCGUGGCCCUGAGUGCCGGUUGCUCGCCGACGAAGUGCGAAGUCGUUGUUAUCUCUCCCCCGCCUCCGCCCACGAAUCAACGGUCAGCCACCAACUACCACCCCCGAGCUUCACACCAAGGUCGUAUGGGGCGUACUCGAGUAUAGGCACUGCACCCCCAGAAAAGGUGUGGAGGGCGAAACGAGGGCGAGGAAAUUCGUCUUGAUGGAGAAUGAGGCCGUGAGCGCGGAAAAGCAGUUUUUGAGGCUCAUGAUGUGCCGGAAUCAGCUGCAAAUGUCCAAAACGAGACGAAACAUCGCCUCCCCACAUCAACGGGAACACAAUGAAGGGGAGAUCUCUCUUUCAGUGGACACAAGACUCCCCCCACCCCGGGCAGAGGAUACAGGGCCCAAUGACGGGUCUGGCGGGCCCCAAAAACAAGGCGUCCUAAUCGCUAAUCAGCAUCACUCUCCCCACCUUUCCCGGUCCAGUUUGCUGCUGAAGCUCCCGCCCACCAAUCAUCACGCGCUGCCCAUGCAACCAGAACGAAUCCCUUCUCCUCCUCCGUCGGCGAGACCUUCCCCUCACAUAUCCUGAACUCUGUGCGUGUGUGAAUAAUUUCAAUGUUACGUCGACAGCAAAUCGACACUUUCACUUGCGUCUGUCAGCAGCAGGAACCUCCAGCAUUGGCUUCGUCCAUGUUCCCCUACAAGAAAAUAUCAAGAUGGAAACCAUAACAAUUCCAUCCCCGACAGCCUUUCUCUCGUCGCCAGUGAUCAAACCAGCCUCAGAACCACCACCCCCUCCAAAACAACGGAAACAACCGCCCACCAAGUCUGCCACGGCAACCUCUCCUAAGCGGAAAACGGGAGUGGUAAAACCCAAACAAUCCAAAAGUCGCAACGGUAUGUCCUGAUGAUUUUUCCGGCUCUUAUCGCGGGGUUGGAAGGCAUACUUAUAGAGGCUGAUAUGGGGGAUUUGCUGUAGGGUGUGUUACCUGCAAAGCCAAAAGGUUGAAAUGCGACGAAACGAAGCCAGAAUGUCAACAAUGCCACAAGCGGAGUGUGCCAUGUGGAGGAUACAAAAAGGACUUCAAAUGGAGGCCGUUUGAGGAGACCACAUUUGCCAAUAAAGUAGCUCCGUCUAAACCAAAGACAGGUAAGCAGCAGAUAUUGAUAUUUGUUUGCAUUGAAAACUAACUCUUUCGCAGCUUCUAUUGACUUAGGAAAGUCACAAGAAAAGCCAUUGGGGCAGAAUGCGCCUAUUGCAACUGCCAGUCCAAAAUCCGAUGCCUCUUCAACACUUGGCGCUGAGCUCGAAGCAGACGUUGUCAUGCAAGACUCGUUCUUUCACGCUGCGGCGCCGACUCCCCCAAAUCAAUCUCCUCUACCAGAUCUCAACUUCGAUCACCACCCUUUCUUCGAUAUGAGCACACCUCCAUAUAUGCGAGAACUGCCUAGACCCCGAUUUGAGGCAGAUUCUAUAACAAAGAGUCUGAGUAGUUUGUUUGAAGAUUCAUCAAAUAUAUCUCCAAGGGCAUCAUUUUCUGGUCAAUCCCCCAGGUUGAUUGAUCUUCUGUUACCUGGAUCAGAACUUAAUGCUCGACCAGGUUCACUCUCAAUACCGCCUCUUAGCAUGUCAACCCCAGCUUUGACAAUGUCUCCAAUGGAAUCGCAUUGUUUGCCUCCUUUGGAAAUUUCGAAUGAUGGUAUCAUGGAUGAUGAUGUGGAAGAGGUUAUUCGGGAAUCACAAACGUCAGAUGUCGAAAGAUGGAUUGCAGGAAGUCCAAUUUAUUUCGAAACUGGCUCUUCGCCACCAUAUUUUCUACGAGCAGCAUCUCCAGCCUUUAGGAGAGGCGAGGAUUCGUUCAGCAAGAUUUAUAGACAGCCUGAAUUCCAGGCUGGAAGUCCAGAGAUGCUAAUGCUUCGAUUUGAUAAGCAAACUUGUGGUAUUCUGUCCGUCAAAGACUCAGCGAGCGAAAAUCCUUGGAGGAGUCUCAUUUGGCCUCUAGCGAGAGAAUCACCUGCGUUGUAUCAUGCUAUCGCUUCUAUGACAGCAUUUCACAUCUCAAAAGAAAGAGCUGGUCUUCGAGUUGAAGGUAUGGAGCACAUGAGACGUAGCAUUCGUUCUCUAGCUUCUGGUAUCGAAAAUAUGCGAACCGAUACUGCUUUGGCAACUACGCUUGUACUAGCUUUCUCUGAGUCUUGGGAUCAGCACGUUAGUACUGGCAUCGAGCACUUACGAGGAGCCAAAAUCUUGGUCUAUCAAGCCUUGGAAUCUCAUCGGAAGAAGAACUUGACUGGAGAUGAUCUGUCACGUCUUCGAUUUCUAUGUAACACCUGGGUAUACAUGGACGUCAUCGCUCGUCUGACUUCGAUAGACAAUGAGAGUAGCGAAUUCGAACACGCUAUCCCUCUCAACAUGCAUCCAUCUAUAAACAACAUUGAGGUGGACCCACUUAUGGGUUGUGCUUCUACUCUCUUUCCUCUCAUUGGUCAAGUUGCCAAUCUCUGCCGAAAAGUCCGCAUGGUAGAGAGCAAUUCCAUACAGAUCAUCGAACAGGCUACAACGUUGAAAAAGUCAAUUGAAGAAUGGUAUCUACCUCCUGGAUCUGCUUUCGAGAGCCCUGAAGAUCCAACUAGUGAAAUACAACAUGCCCUUCAGACGGCGGAGGCCUAUCGAUGGGCAACACUUCUCUAUCUACACCAAGCUGUUCCCGAGAUUCCAUCCUAUACCUCUGCUUUUCUAGCACAGAAGGUUCUUAAAUUGCUUGCCACUGUGCCGUUAAGUAGCCGUCUGGUGAUUGUGCAAAUUUACCCUCUGCUCGCUGCAGGAUGCGAAGCUUAUGACAAUGAAGAUCGCCAAUGGGUCGAAGACCGGUGGCGUAACAUGGCUGCUAGAAUGUGGAUAGGCAAUGUCGACCGCUGCUGGGACGUCAUGCUAGAUGUUUGGCAGCGACGGGAUGCUGAUGAGAUCGCCAAAGCCGAGAAAGAAAACCGACGUCGCCCAACUCAUGGUGGUAUGAUACAUUCAGAGAGUAACAAGCGCCUAUUUGAAGAAGAAAUGGCAAUGGACGACAUGUUUGCAUUCGAGAGCAUGUUGGGCAGCAAUAAUUCUUCGCAGAAUGGCGGUAUUAGUCCGGCAAAGAAACAAAGGCAUAAUAGCGCUAGUGGAGUAUCGGCAGCGGGAAACAAGAGACCGGAUCAAGUCACUGUCACUGAGGAUAUGGAUCCGGAACUUACAGUUCGUGGCCGUAUGCAUUGGGUGGGUGUUAUGAAGGAGCGGAACUGGGAAAGUGAGUUUCGGAUUUACCUUAGCCUCCUCAGCCAGGGAUUCAUUGGUUUGUUAUUGGAAGCCAGCUAACAUAAUUUCAGUUCUUCUCGGUUAAUUACUAGGUUAGGUGCGACGUUAGCUGCUAUUCACCUAGCCCUUUCGUAAUCAUGUCUCGAUAGCAUCAACUGUCAAGCGGCAACUGGAUAGAAGUGUGCAUAGGCGCUUUGGGUCUCAUGUAUUUUCAUAUUUCUGUAUUUUUCGUAUAUACACAACUCCUCCUUUCUGGGUAGCUUUUUUCGCUAUGGAUAGUUGUUACAUGUUUGAGGGGCACAAACGUAGAUAGAUGGAUUUGACUUUAUGUUUUGGUAUUUCUCGGGAUACUUCUUUUAGCGAAGCGAAGCGAGGCGUCGGGGAGUUUCUGGGUUUCCUGGGGUUCUAUGGCUAACCGGUACAUGAUGUGAUGAUGUGAUGAUGCGGCAGCUGGGUGGGGACGACUCUAGCUGGAUAGAAGGAAGCCCAUAUUGCCACCGCGACAAAGCCAUAGCGACUGCAGCGAUGACGGGGUCAGAGCGGGCAGGAUACCUUUCUUUGGCGCCAUUGAGGCAGGUUGGUGGAUUGGGAUAUUGGAUAGGCGAGGGGUGGGAGUAGGAAGCUGGGGUGUGGACGUGUUCGGGAAAUGGGCAAUACGCAACGGCAGGAAUGGAUAGAGGUGACUGGUAUAUCGAAUAUGGAGGUGGUGUGGUACAUAUAUUGAUUCUUCUCAUGCUGUUUUAUCGAAUACCAUUUUUCUAUACUCUAUUGAGUCAACGGGCGUCAAUCCACUCACACCAAGUUCUUUUGCGG